CAUUUUAAGGAAGUGUCAGAGGGAGAGAGAAAGAGGGAGAUGAAAAGUUCCAAAGCUGCAGAUACCACCCAAGCAACCCGCACAAAGAAAAUGGCAAAUAUGUUUGCCUGUGGGAGGAGGAACCAGAGAACAGAUAGCUCAGAGGGUGGGUGUCUGGUUAGCCUAUAAGGGUGGAGAAAGGAGGUCCUUACAGACUUUGGUAUGGUUUUGCUGUUGUCUUCCUGUCUGCCUGACUCUGCAGUUGGCACUAAUCCCAGCAGCUUCCUGUUUAGUUUAGUUUCAUUUCUCACAGACUGGCUACGAGGGUGUUGUUUCUGAAGCCAUGGCAGAGGCAGAGGAAGAAUUCAGAACAGCUGCUGACCUGGAAGAUGAGCUCAGCUGCCCUAUCUGUCUGUGCUUCUACAGCAACCCUGUCUCCCUGAGCUGCCAGCACAGCUUCUGCAAGGAGUGCAUCCAGAAAGCACUGGCUGCCCAGCAGCAAGCCAAGGCCACCUACUCCUGCCCUAUGUGCAAGGUCCAGCUGGGGCCCUUUCUGGAGCUGCAUAAGAACUUCCAGCUCUGCAGCAUAGUGGAGAAGUUCCAGACGGCUUCUUCAAAGGGAAAGCAGGGCAAGGAGAAGGCCUCUCCGCAAGGGAAGGAGACAAUCCCCUGUGAUUUCUGCCUGGAGCAGCCUCACACAGCAGUGAAAACCUGUCUGACCUGUGAGGCAUCUCUGUGUCAGGCCCACCUGAGCAAACACAAUGCCAAGGCUGCACAGAAGGAUCAUGUCCUGGUAGACCCCAGUGACAACAGCUCCCUGCAGGAGAGGAAGUGUGGCAAGCAUGGCAAGCUGCUAGAGUGUUACUGUGAAGAUGACCAGGUCUUCGUCUGCGUGAUGUGCUCUAUCGCAGGCUCCCACAAGGGCCACAGCGUCAUCUCCCUGAAGGAGGAGUAUGAUAAGGAGCUGGUUGUUCUCUCUCACACUGUGAAACUGAUGCAGGAAAACAAAAGUGCUAUGAAUAAAACCUUAGGGGAGCUUAAGAAGAGUGAGAAUCAACUCCAGCUCAAUAAGAAAACUUUGAAUGCUCAGCUGUCAAACCUCUUCAAAGAGAUCAAGGCACAGGUGGAUCAGAAGGAGAAGCAGAUCCUGGCUGACAUACAAUCCAGUGAAAAAAAGCAGCUGUCAGAGAUUGCCACACUGAAGAAGCAAACAGAAAAGAAGAGAGAUGAGGCUGAGAAGGGUCUUCAGGACCUGCAGAUGCUGAGAGCGCAAACAGACCCUUUCCACUUCCUCAGAGAAUUUAAACUGGCACAAGACAGGAUUAAUAAUCAGGAUUUCAGGACUGACAGCAUGGAAGUAUUAGCACUGCAGCUGGAUCAGGCAACAAUUGCUGAUGUUAGACGCUGGACACAGCAGUAUAUCUCAAACCUAGAUUCACAAAUGCAAGAGGUGCACCGUCAGUUCAUUAACCAAACACAGAGGAACAGAGCAGCUCCAUACUCCAGAGAUGAUUUACUUUAUCAAGUGUUUUUACUGCAGAGUGAAUGGGGCAUGGCUGCUAUUUUCCCUCAUUCAGUGAGCCCCUUAACAGCUUCUCAGUGGCUGAGGCAUCCUCCCCAUUACACAGCUAAGUUAGCCAUCCAUGUGGAUGUGCGAUGCAGCCUUCUUUCCUUUAGCUACUCCCAUGAGGUUAUGCUCACUAAUAGAGUAAUCUAUACUCGUUUGUCUUCCAAAAUCAAGCAUCUGAUUUUUUUGGAACUACUCCAUUUCCAUGGAAAUAGACUGGGAACACAAGGCAGUGAAUGCAGAACAUACAACGAAAGGAAAGGAUGUGGUGUCUGAAAUAGUGGUUCCCAGCAUGGUACAUUAUUCCCAGAAGUAAUAAAGAGACAUGAAAAAAGUUGGGGAAACGGAGACCAAAGAGAUUAAAUUCAACAUUUUCAAAAAUGUCCAUUAAUUCUGGGUACUUUUCAAGUGUCCCUGCCAAAAAAACUUCCUGCAGCCAAUAAAAAUAUAGAAUAUGAAUGCAAAGAAUUAAACAUGAAUGCAGCAAAAAAGCCCAUGUGGCUUGUCUUUCUCCCUUUCUCACCAACACGUGGAAUUGCUUGUUUCAGAGUAUUUACCAACCAAGCUAUAGUCGUGUCACCAGUGAUUAGUCUGACUAAAUAGUGGCUGUAUGUGUGUUAGCUUUUGACUUCUGUUCAUUGUGUUUUGGAGCAAUUCAAUAAAUGAUUAAAAACAUGUAAA